GUAUUGGGGAAGUUCAAGUUGGAUAUUAGGAAGGAUUUCUUCUCAGAAAGAAUGAUGCUGCCCUGGAACAGGCUGCCCAGGGAGGUGGUGGAGUCACCAUCCCUGGAGGUGUUCAAGAAAAUGGUUGUGGUAAUUAGGGAUGCAGUUUAGUGAGUAAUAUUGAAGGGAGGUGUAUGGUUGGACUAAAUGAUCUUAGAGGUCUCUUCCAAACUCAGUGAUUCUAUUAUUCUAUCCUGAAAAUUGUUUGUGAGAAGUGUUCUCAGAAUCACAGAAUGGCCAGGGUUGGAAGAGACCUCAAGGAUCAUGAAUAUCCAACCCCCCUGCCACAUUCAGGGCCACCAAACUCCCCAUUUAGUACUAGACUUAUAUAGACUAAUACUAGACAUAUAGACUAAGUGUUCAGACUUAGGGAGCAGCCUCAGGAAACAAGCUGGAGCCCUUAUUUGUGGCGGGCUUAACCUGUUUUGCUUCACCACCAUGGUGGCCAGAUUACAGCCAAAGUCUUCAUGCUUGCAGGUUAGCAAAUCCUGCAUGGAGAAGAGAACACAGCCAGUGGCUGAGCUCCUGUCUGAGAUCUACAACCUGCCACUUGCAUUUCAGUGUGCUUAUUUCUGGCUGAAAUGUAUUAGUCCAAGCCUAGAAAUCAGACAGCUAUGAACUCAUUGCUAUCGCAGAAAUAUACUGUGAAAAACUUUGUGCAAAUUCAGCUUUGUCGAGGCUCUUGAUAAGGUAAAUUAAAGUAUUUCCAUUCAUGUCAUAUUCUCUCAUUGAGUGAAUCUACCUGGUUUGUGACUGAGUCACUGUGUUUACUGGGUUGUGUUUCCUUCUGAAAGCUAGAAAACCGUUGUGCCAAUCUGCAGUAUUUUAUUUCUGUCUGACAAAUAGUUUGUAACUCAUUGACAAACCACGAAUAAAUUCCUCUCCAGAUGUUGGACCAGAGGGGGCAAACAUUUCAACUGAAAUGAUAAGGGCUUUUUGGUGGUGAUAAAUAUCCUGGAUUCUAAUUCUGGUAGUGAUUUGAGCAGACGAGUCUGGACAGACAGAUUUGGGGGGAAAAAAGGAUGUUCAGGCACACUGCUUGAUGAAAUGCUUUGUGCUGUGUUUCUAAAAAUAUUUACGCGACCGAGAAAACAAAAGCUAAGCAGGCUCUGUGCUUAAAAUUAAUUAUGCAUCAACUAUGGUGUGGUGUGCAGCAGAACCAAAGCACUGUGUGUGUCAGUGGCUGACCGUACUCUGGGGUUACAGACAUAAUGAGUGUGCGGUGUGGUGUAAGGUUAGAGUGGGACGUGGUGGUGGAGAGGCUGGAGUGACCAAGAAGAGGCUGAGUUUGACGGGAAUGCAACGGGGGGGUAUGAAAGGGCAAGAGGAAUCUGCAGUAGUGGUGGAGCAUGCUAGAGGGAUGAAGAGAACACGUGGAGGAAGGUGCUGCUGUGGAGUCAGAUCAAAUAGGAAAGAUGGUUGUUCCUGAGAGAGACAAAAUAGGUUGUUAGGGCAGCGGCAUGUGGUGUGCAUUUUGAGGGUGUUGCCAUGAGAAGAUGAGUCUUACGUGUGAAAUUAUGACAUAAAUGUGAAGGUGUGAAGGAGUGCUAGCAGAGGAGGCUGAUUACCAACCUAUAAGGAAAGAGGAAUGUGGGGCAGCACCAGAGCACAAUACUGUAGAGGGGCAAUUGAACCUGUGGUCUGUGUCUAAAGAAGGCGAUGAAGAGUUUUGUGUUGGGAAGCGCUAGCUGCAGAAGAUGAGGCUUGGACUACUGAGAGGAAACAGUGUGCAGGGUACAGAAGUUUUUUUUAUGAGAGUUUUUAUCAAGGAUCAAAUCUUUAACAGGGUAUUGUGGGAUGUAAAGAUGAUCAAGCCAUCUAAGUGAAGCAAGGGAGGAAAGGGGUAUGCUGGAUCUGAUGGCCAUGAGGAGAUUAAAAACAAGGGGAACUCCAGGAUGCAAGAGGAAUUGGUUAACUGUGGGAAAAAGAUGUUUUAGAGCCUUUUCUUGCAGGCCUUUGGCCCCACUCCACCUUUUCAUCAGCAGUGUUUGAAUGCCACUCUGUGGACAAGCAGCAGUGACCAGUUCUGGUUGUAACACGUGCCAAUAUCUUGCUGUGGAAGAUGGUCAGCAGUGGAUCAGGGUAGCCAUCAGAAGUGGUACUGAUCUUCUCUUCCUUGCUCCUUGCAGUAGUAUUUUGAGAAAAGGGCUGAGCUCAGUAGUGGAGUUGAAGCACGCUGUGUGUAUCAGAAGCUUUUUAAGGUGAUGUAUCAGUUGUGUGGAUAUACAUAACUGUGAAGAUGUGCCACAGUGCUUUUGGAGUGCAGCCAUUGACUUUGUGAUGAACAGACAGUGUCCACUUCCCGCAGUCACCAAUAAGAAGUCACCAUCAGGUCUGUGGACCGCAACUUUCCUUCUGUUCUUUUUGUUUUCUCCAGCGUGGCUUGUGAUGAGGAGCAGCAAGAGCAAGAGUUCUCCAAGGAGGACAAGCCUGACUUUUUUCCCCAGCUCUCACUGCUGUCUGUGUGCACACAGCUCCUACUUCUCCUCGUCUUGUCUGUUCUCUCUUCUCUCUUUUCAGUUUUGUGUAAGGAGAAAUACUGAAUGAGAUGACUGUCUUAUUUUCUACCAUUCAAACCUGUCUGCUUGUAGCUUCUGUGUUCAUAUUAACCUCGCAGUCUCCUUGUUAAAUUUCUCUCUUCCUGAUUGCUCAUUAUCCAGGUUAUUUAUAAACCAUUCCAGGCCUUCUGGUGGUGGUGUGCUGAGGUCUACCAGCUCUUCUCCAUUGCUUCCGUUAAAAGCCUUUAUAGAGACACUGAUCAUCAGUCAUCUGCUGGCAUUCUGGCUUUCCCUUGCUUGCUGUGCUGCCCAUCCCAUUCCACAUACAGCCGCUUGAAAUCUUCUGCCUGCUGUUUGGACCAGAUUGCUCUCAUAUUUAAUGUCUGAUGACUUACAAACAACACUGUAUCACUUUCAAGCGCUUGCUUACUUCUGCUGCCUUUGCUUCUUGGUCUUUAUCUCAUCUCUAUCUUUUUUUGCCUAACUGUCCUUCCUGGUAAAGGGCAAGUAUCAGCCAUUCUGCACUUUGCAUAGUGCAGAGCAUAAUCAAUAAGGGCUUGCUUAGCUGCCAGGAUUGAUUUUCAUGUACCUUAAAGGUUCCUUCACAGUGUUCUGGGCUGAUCGUGCUGCAGGUACCGUAAGAUACAUUAGAUACAAAGGCAUCUGUAAUAUGAAAGGGAGCCAGGUGGUAAUGCUCUCCAAGAAAAAUGACUUUUGUUUUUAUCCUAAUCUUUUCAGAGGCAAUCCUAAGCUGUGCAUGCAUGUUGUCUUCAGUUCCAUCUCAUUUCAGUGUUUCUGAGCUUGCUGUCUUUGUCCAUCUGUGUGCAUACCUAUGGGAAAACGUUCUGCCGAGUGUAUGGGAACUGCUGGGUCACAGCCUGAACCUCUGAUUGAUCACCUGAGCAAUUGUAAUGGAGAGACAGAAGAGAAAACAAGAAAUAGAGAAAGGACUUCAAUUAAUUCAGUCUACAUUACCUUUAAGCCAAGAAGAUUAUGAGGCUGUCUUGCAGAAGCUGGUGAGAAACUUGUUUGCAGAGGGCAAUGAUUUGUUUCGAGAGAAGGAUUUCAAGCUGUCGCUGGUACAGUAUGUAGAAGGGCUGAACGUGGCAGAUUAUGCAGCCUCUGAUGAGGUGACCAUCCCAAAGGAACUCCUGUGCAAGCUGCAUGUCAACCGAGCUGCCUGCUACUUCGCCAUGGGGUUGUACGAGAAGGCUCUGGAAGACAGUGAAAAGGCUUUAGGUCUUGACAAGGAGAACAUCCGAGCGCUCUUCCGCAAAGCUCGCUCUCUAAAUGAACUUGGAAGACACAAAGAGGCGUAUGAGUGUAAUAGCCGUUGUCUGCUCUCCCUCCCCCAUGAUGAGAGUGUCACGCAGCUGGGACAGGAGCUUGCACAGAAGCUGGGACUGAGGGUUCGAAAAGCAUAUAAAAGGCCUCAGCAGGAAUUGGAAACAUUCUCUCUGCUCAGUAACGGCACGUCCAUCAAUUUGUCAAAUCAGACCACUUCCAAUGGUUUGGGGUCGAUUGAUGAUAUCGAAACAGACUGCUCUAUGGACCUGCAGUGCCUGCCAGCUCCUGUGGCCACCCCCAUCCCCGUGAGCGAGGGGCUGUCCCCUUUGCACUCAGAUUCAGAUGCAAAGGGCCUGCCUAGCUCGCUCCCUGCUGCUAGCCUGCUCCCAUCUCCAGAGUCCGUGUCUCUGCCAGUGCCUGACAGUGUGGAGGACUUCACAGAUGGGGACAUAAUUGGGGAAGAACUGGACUCCCUCCUGGAUUCCCUCGCUGAGGGUUCACCGUACCCUCUAUCUUUGGUCCAGGGCACCAUUCCCACCAACCUGCCAACAGAGAUGCCCCAGCUGAUCCCCGUGUUUCCAGGGGGAACUCCACUGCUUCCUCCAGUUGUGACAGCUAGCAUCCCUGUCUCCACCCCGCUGCCACCUGCCUCCUUUGGCCUGGUGAUGGAUCCCACCAAACAGCUCUCCUCUUCCUCUGUCUUGGAUGCCUUCGAGCCCCCACCCGGGGGAAGUGGUGGCUCCACCUUAGAUUCCCUGGAUUCCCUGGACCUGCUCCCCUACACAGACUCACGUCUCGAUGCCCUGGAUUCCUUUGGGACAAGCAGAGGGUCGCUGGAUGCCUUGGACUCCUUUGCCAUCGAAGAAACCAGCCCUCAGGAACUGCGACAUCCACCUGGCAACCAAAAACCAUCCCCCGUGGUGAGUGAGCCGCUCCCCCAUGCUGAUGUCCCAAGGUGCUCUGGAGCCAAGGUAGUCAGCCUUGGAGGAGUGAGUCACCCAGCUGUGCCCAAAGUCACCGAGCACCUGCUGUCGCAGCCAGAACCAGUAAUACCCAACACAGCCUUGCUGGUGAAGAACCCUCUGGCAUCCACCCAUGUCUUCAAACAAGCCUGUCACAUCUGCUACCCUAAAACAGGCCCCAAGGCUGGUGAUUACACCUAUCGAGAAGGCUUGGAGCAUAAAUGCAAGCGAGACAUCCUGCUGGGCCGGCUGAAGAACUCAGAAGACAAGACUUGGAAGAGGAUCCGUCCUCGCCCAACCAAAACCAACUUUGUAGGAUCAUAUUACCUGUGCAAAGAUAUGCUUAACAAGCAGGACUGUAAGUACGGGGAUAACUGCACCUUCGCGUACCACCAGGAAGAGAUCGACGUGUGGACGGAGGAGAGGAAGGGGACUCUCAACCGUGACCUCCUCUUUGACCCACUAGGUGGGAUCAAGCAGAGCAACCUUACCAUUGCCAAGCUCCUGAAGGAACAUCAAGGCAUCUUCACCUUCCUCUGUGAGAUUUGCUUUGACAGCAAACCCCGGAUUAUCAGCAAAGGGACCAAGGACACGCCAUCUGUCUGCUCCAACCUCUCUGCCAAACACAGUUUCCAUGACAACAAGUGUCUGGUCCACAUCGUACGUUCCACGUCCCUGAAAUAUUCCAAGAUCCGACAGUUCCAGGAACACUUUCAGUUUGAUGUGUGCCGGCACGAGGUGCGCUACGGCUGCCUGCGUGAGGAUAGCUGCCACUUUGCUCAUAGUUUCAUUGAGCUCAAGGUCUGGCUGCUGCAGCAGUAUUCAGGAAUGACCCACGAAGAUAUUGUGCAGGAAUCUAAGAAGUACUGGCAACAGAUGGAGGCACAUGCCAGCAAACCAACCAACAACAUGGCUUCUCCCCGGGCUCCCACAUCGAGCACCUUUGACCUUCAGAUGAAAUUUGUGUGUGGCCAGUGCUGGAGGAAUGGACAGCUGGUGGAGCCAGAUAAAGACCUCAAGUACUGUAGUGCCAAAGCCCGCCACUGUUGGACAAAGGAACGUCGAGUUCUGCUGGUGAUGUCCAAAGCGAAGAAGAAGUGGGUGUCUGUCCGACCACUGCCUUCCAUCCGCAACUUCCCACAGCAAUAUGAUUUAUGUAUCCAUGCACAAAAUGGCAGGAAAUGCCAGUAUGUGGGCAACUGCUCCUUCGCCCAUAGUCCUGAGGAGAGAGACAUGUGGACCUUCAUGAAGGAAAACAAAAUACUAGAUAUGCAGCAGACCUAUGACAUGUGGCUAAAGAAACACAAUCCUGGGAAGCCUGGAGAGGGAACACCACUCACUUCGCGAGAAGGGGAGAAACAGAUCCAGAUGCCCACUGACUAUGCUGACAUUAUGAUGGGCUACCACUGCUGGCUCUGCGGGAAGAACAGCAACAGCAAGAAGCAAUGGCAGCAGCACAUCCAGUCAGAGAAGCACAAGGAGAAGGUCUUCACCUCAGACAGUGACUCCAGCUGCUGGAGCUAUCGCUUUCCUAUGGGCGAGUUCCAGCUCUGUGAAAGGUUCCAGAAGAGCAAGGCCUGCCCCGAAGGAGAAGAAUGUCGCUAUGCCCACGGCCAGGACGAGCUGACGGAGUGGCUAGACCGCAGGGAGGUGCUGAAACAGAAAUUGGCCAAAGCCCGCAAGGACAUGCUGCUCUACCCCAGGGACGACGACUUUGGGAAAUACAACUUCCUAUUGAGGGAUGGUGUAUAGUAAGGGCCGGGGGGGGGGGAGCCUGUUGGCUGGAGAAAUGCAGGGCGGGUUUUCUGAGUGAGGCAGUAGCAGGGCGAGCGAGAUCCGUGUCUCGCAAAGAGAACUUUUUCUUUUCUUUUCGUUUUAAGAUUUUGAGACGAUGAUUUGUUAGUGGUGAAUGAAAAUGUGAAUUUGAUUCUCCUUGGCCAGCGAACGCCAUGCUCACCGAGUUUGUGGUCCAUCUUCUCUCUGUUAUUUCCCCUAAAUUCUCCUUUCUCUCCAUCUUUUUGUUUUUGCUGUCCUUCGUUUAAAGGAAUGGAUCCGGGCCGUAUUAGGAUGUGAAUGAGAAUUUCUCCUUAUCGAUCCCCUGCCCUUCAAUUGGGGCUGUGGCUGCAGAGGUCAGGAAGACAGAGCUGGGAGAAAGGGCUAGACAUCUGCUGAAAAGGGGACCAUGAAGUUCAUGUUCUCCUUUUCUCAGUGCUGCAGAGCAAGCGUUGCAAUUGGCCUGCUUUCUUGGGAAUUCAGUACCAGAAGGAUUGGGAAUUGAGAUGCAAGGAAGAAAAGCCACAAGAUGUAGCUUAAAACAUCUGGGUUUAAACCCCUACUGAUUUUAUUCUGCUGAGGCAUCAACUGGAGCUGAGGGAGGUGGGGGGUAACAGCCAUCUAGUAGAAAGAGUGCAGCUAAAAGCAGCUAAGUAAUUACACUUCUUACAAUGGUGGGAACUACAUUGUAAGAAGCUAUAGACUGUUUUGGCUGACUGUAACCAGGAAACAAGUUGGUGAUGCCUCACUAGAUGUCUUUCUCAAGUGUGCAACGUGUUUUUGGAGUGGGUGGUUUUGGUUUGUUAUUUGUCUAGUCUUACUUGCACCAGUCAGACAUCAAAGUCAUCUAUGAGGUGUACUGGAGACUGUGACCUGCCGUGUGUCACUGUACUCCACACAGCACAAUCAGUCAGGAAGAAGGCUGUAAUCAAAAGGAGUCUGUAUUUCUCUGUCUGCUUGUGUCCCAGAGGGAUGCAAUGAGGUUCCUUUCUUGCUCUUUAAGUGGCAUGUGUUGGUGGUUUUAUACUGCACCAGCAGACGAUGAGUUGAUGGUUGGACUAGAUGAUCUUAGUGGUGUUUGCCCACCUUAAUGAUUCUAUGAACUGGAUGGGGAUUGAAUUAGAAGGACACCAUCAGGCAGCGUGGGUGUAAGGUGGAGGGCCUGGCACUGGUCAUGCUUUGCUGAUGGGAAUUCAGCUUGAAGCAUGUUUACAAGUGCUAACUGUCCAGUCCAGACUCACUGGACCUCAGCACACUGAUGGUUCUCUGUCAGGGCUGAACCCCUGUCCAAGAUUUUUGGUUUUCAUGGUGGCAGCAGUGAGAGGCCUCAUUCUGUAUGCCAGCCUUGUUCUUUCUGGUGCUCCCAUCCUGUAAGCAGUAAACAUGUCUUAUCCUGAGCUUCCCUCGCAUGUCUCCUGCAUCCAGCUGUGCUCUGCAGUUUUGUUUGCAUGGAUGGCAUCAUCUUCUCCAGCACAAAAGCUUCUCCUUCCCUGCCUUCAUGAUGAUGUCUUUUUUGUAUACAGACUCCCAGAACAGCAAGCUGAGAGCCCUCGGGGCUGGCAGACAGCACUGUAUCCAUGGCAAAUACAAUUUGGCUGUGUUCCACAUGGUGCUUCGGCAUUGUUGAGUCCUGCUUUACCCUGCCUGCUCCUAUAUCCUUUGGGUUGCCAGCUUUGAAAAAGAUGGGACAUGGUAGUAAUAUGCAGGAGAUGCUGUGGGAACAGCUGGCACCUUUCUGAACCAGCCUCCAGGUAGCUGCAUCAGCAGCACUGAGAUAGUUAUGGCCCAGGAGCAGAAUGUGCUCCAUGCUGGUCUUGGGUCUUUCUAGUAGUAUGAUGUGCCCCAAAUAAGCCACAUGUGCCUCUGAGUUUGUUUCGUCACCUGUAAAAACACAGAGGGGGUCAUCGUUUUCAUGGGAGGUUCCCUCCUUGGCUGCACAGCACCUUGAGAUCUGCCCUGAAAGGGGCCUGGGCUGUAGCAUCCAAUGAAACAUGAGUGGCUUAUGGUAGAUCAGGGAGAGGAGGGGAGGGAAGUGGCCAUUUCCAGCUCUGCCCGUGUGAGAGGUGAAGGAUGAGAGCCAGAAGAAUCUGCACGGAUGGAGAAAAAGAACAACCAAUGCAAUAUCAGAUAUGGCAUUUUUUGAGAGCUUAGGUACUGUGUUCUCUCUGUUCUUUGUUGUCCAGAUCGUAUCUUCUGCUGGUGCUCCUUGUGCUGGUCAAUUUUAUGAAUAGAGAAAUGGAGGGGAAGUGAUAGGCACCAGCUCCUGGGUUAUCUUGUCCUGCUGGGCAGAGAUGCCAAGGAACUAAUCUGGACUGGGAAAUGUUGGAAUAUGUUUUUAUUUUUAAUACAAAUCUGCAUCUCUAGUGUGACUCAAGCGUUCGCUGCGCUGUGAUUUCUCAUCCAGUAACUUGUUUUAGGUUCCAGAGUGGGUCGUUGUCCCCUCUCCCUGUCUCUGCAUGGGGAGCUGAGCUGCUCAGUGGGACUGGAAUGGGGAGAGGCCAAGCAUGCGUGAGGGGAGGAAGGCCCACGGUCACGGGUGUUGCGUUGAGUAUCUCUUUUUGUUUUCCCUGAUAUGAUAACCUGGUCUGUGGUGUUGCAGUACUUUGUCACCAGACUUGUUUUAGUGUGUAUAUAUGUGACCCCUCCCAUGAAGCAUAUAUACACAGGUAUUAAAUAUAUCGCUCUAUAUAAUAUUAUAUGUGUGUGGUAUCAAAGGAAUCUUUUUAAUGAGGGUAAAGGAAAAGGACUCGGGCCGGGAAACGCAGCAUCUCCAUUUAAAAUAUGAAGGCUUUUAUUUGGAUUAGGGAAAGGGAAAUAACAGAGGGGAGGUUUUAUAUAGAUAGGUAUAAAUUCUGAGAUGGGGCAGGUUUACCUGUUCAUGCUUUUAAAACCCCCUAGGAUGUCCUUACAGUCCCAUCUCAGUGAAAGGGUAUUAUACUGCUAAUUAGGGAGUGAAGCUUUCACAAUAAGGCUUUGCUUAUAUUAUCUAAGAGGACAUUGUAAAAGGCAGGAAGCUUCACACUUGGCUUCCCAGGCUCACUUUAUCGAGUCAAGAGGUUUUUCUUCAGCACGUGAUGUACUUUCAGUAGAGAUGCUUGGUGCUCUCAGCUGCACAGCAGUUAACCCCACAGGUAAGUUGUAGGGCUGCUUUAGCAAUGCAUUCGCACGACCCUCUGAUAACUCUCUCUUUUAUUCAUUCUUCUGAGGGAAGAACAUUUUGCAGCGUGGAACCAAGUCCGAGGGUUAUUAACAAUGCUUUGAUUUUAUAACAUUAGAAGAAAAUCUCACGUCCUGUAAAAUAAUCACACACACAGAAUAGAGACUUUGAUUUAGAUCAGCUUGUUAAAUGCUGAAGGACUUGGUGAGAAUCUCUUCCCAAAUCCUUUGGUAAGGGUCAAGGUGUAAGCGAUGCUUUUGUGAGCCUGACCUUUACGGGGAGAAGGAAAAACAAAUCAAAUACCCUAUUUUGCUUGUAUGAAACUGUAUGUCAAAAACAAAUGGGUUUUAGCAAGUGAAAGGAAAAGAUAGCAAGGGGAUGCUGCACUUCUGAGCUGGGUAGUAAUGAUUUCGAGUCCUUUAAUAUGUCUUUGUAUUAAUAUAAUUUAAGAAUACCACGCUUUACUAUUAAAAAAGAACUUAGUAUCUUUCAUAAGGUCUAGUAUCAGGAUAAUAAUGUAGAUGUUUUAACAACAUUUUUGGUUUUGUUCUUAAAAAAAACAACAACAAACUUGCUUCUUUUAGCCUUUGUAAUAGAAAAUAAAGGUGUGCACUUUAAACCCUC